UUUUUUCUCAGAUGGCCAUCUCCUUAUCUCCCUGCCCUCCUUUCAAAACCAAUCUCUUCCACCACAACUUCUCCCCUCCAUCGCUCUCCAUCACCACACCCAAACACAAAAGCUCUUCCUCCUCUCUCACCCAACUAACUAUUCCCCCUCAAAACCAACCAUAUUUACAUCAUUCACCCCUCCAGCACUCCACCUCCCACAACAACUACUACAACGAUGACUCUCCUCCCUCCCACUGCUUCCUGCAUCUCCUCCGCCUCUCCGUCCGCCAUAACGACAUCCGUCUCGGAAGAUCCGCUCACGCCUCCAUCUCCAAAUCCCACGAAGACACCCAUCUCGCUAAUGCCGUCAUUGCGAUGUACUCCAAGCUUGGCUGCCUGGCCGACGCCCGUGCUGUCCUCGACCAGCUCGCGUCGCCCGACGUCGUCUCAUACACCUCCGUCAUCUCCGCCUAUGCCAGACACGGCCUUGAAACUGAAGCCAUGGAUCUCUUCUUUGGGAUGCGGGUUUCAGGUAUUGAACCGAACGAAUUCACCUAUGUUGCUAUGCUAACCGCGUGCAUCCGCUGCUGCGAUUUGCAAUUGGGUUCCCAAAUCCAUACUGCGGCGGUUAAAUCCGAUUAUGUUUACUCUAUUUACGUUUCGAAUGCACUCAUGGGCCUGUAUGUGAAGUGUGGGUGCAUUGAUUCCGCACUCCAUCUUUUCGAUGAAAUGCCGCAGAGAGACGUGGUGUCGUGGAAUACUGUUAUUUCGGGCCUGCUGCAGGACUUGCAGCACGAACAUGCGUUUGAGCUCUUCCGUGAUAUGCAAAUGGGUGGAUUUAGAGCCGACCAGUUCACCCUCUCAAGCCUCCUGACGGCUUCUGCAGAGGCUUUGGCUUGGGCGGGAGGGAAGGAAGUUCAUGCCCAUGCGCUUCGAGUUGGAUUGGAGUCGAAUUUGAGUGUGAACAAUGCACUUAUCGGGUUUUACACAAAAUGUGGGAGCAUUGAAGAUGUUGUCGGGUUGUUCCAAAGAAUGCCGAUAAAGGAUGUGAUCUCUUGGACCGGAAUGGUAACUGGAUAUAUGGACUUUGGGCUGGUGGAAUUGGCUGUUGAGGCCUUCCAUCAGAUGCCGGAGAGGAAUUGCAUUAGCUACAAUGCUCUUUUGGCUGGCUUUUGUAAGAAUGGUGAAGGCUUGCGUGCUCUAGAGUUGUUUCGAGGAAUGUUGGAGGACGGUGUGGAGUUAUCGGAUUUCACUUUGACGAGUGUUGUAAAUGCUUGUGCAUUGCUGUCAGAUGUGGACAAGAGUGAGCAGAUUCAUGGGUUUGUUAUUAAGGUAGGGGUUGGAUCAAAUUCUCGCAUAGAUGCUGCUUUGCUUGAUAUGUGCACAAAGUGUGGGAGAAUGGGUGAUGCUCGGAAGAUGUUCAGUCAGUUGGUGCAUGAUCGGAGCCGUUCUGUCGCAUGGACAUCGCUGAUAUGUGGUUACACCCGAAAUGGGCAGCCCGAAGAGGCAAUGUUUCUGUUUUGUGCGAUGCAGGCAGUAGAUGGUGUGUUAAUGGAUGAGGUCGCAUUAGCCACUGUCCUUGGAUUCUGUGGGACCUUAGGGUUUUAUAGGGAGGGAAAGCAAAUCCACUGUCAUGCUCUUAAAUCCGGUUCUCUAUCCGAUUUAGCUGUAGGUAAUGCCAUCAUUAGCAUGUAUUCAAAAUGUGGGAACAUGAAAAGUGCAAUUACGACUUUUAAUCUCAUGCCCAAAUAUGACAUUGUUUCAUGGAAUGCUUUGAUUGCUGGAUAUCUUCUUCAUAGGCAGGGAGACGAGGCAUUGGGUGUCUGGAAUGCGAUGGAGGAGAAGGGUAUUAAGCCAGACCACAUAACAUUUGUUUCAAUUCUUUUGUCAUGCAGACAUACAAACUCGAAUUCAAUUGAUACAUGCCGUGGCUUAUUUCAGUCCAUGAGGAGUUACAGCAUAGAGCCAACUUCAGAGCAUUAUGCUGCCAUGGUCGAUGUAUUUGGCUACUGGGGUUGCUUUGAAGAAGCAGAAGAACUAAUCAAGAACAUGCCUCUCAAGCCCAAUGCAUUGGUUUGGCGAGCUUUGCUUGAUGGUUGUAGGUUGCACUCAAAUAUUAGUCUAGGUAGACAGGUCAUGCAGCGUCUCCUUGCUUUGGAACUGCAGGAUAUUUCAAUGUAUGUACUUGUAUCAAAUCUUUAUUCUGCGUCUGGAAGAUGGCAUUGUGCUGAAAAGGUUAGGCAGGAGAUGGGAGAGAAGGGGCUACGUAAGCAUCCGGCUAGAAGCUGGAUCAUUCACAAAAAUGCAAUUCAUUCAUUCUAUGCACGGGAUAGGUUGCACUCGCAAGCUAAAGAUAUCUAUAGUGGGUUGGAGAUAUUGAUCCUAGAAUGCAUGAAGGCUGGGUAUGCGCCUGAUACAAGCUUCGUUCUCCAUGAAGUGGAAGAGUUUCAGAAGAAGGAUUUCCUUUUCCAUCACAGUGCGAAAUUGGCAGUCACGUACGGGCUUCUGAUGAGCUCACCAGGGAGACCGGUGCGUGUCAUGAAGAACAUACAUCUCUGUGGGGACUGCCAUACAUUCUUGAAGCAUGUCUCCGCGGUGACUGGGAGAGAGAUCUGUCUGAGGGAUGGAACUGGAUUUCAUUAUUUUAGGGGUGGUGAAUGUUCAUGCAGAGAUUACUGGUGAUCGUGUUGGCCAAAGAUGAUCACCAGUGAUACAUACAUGCUUAGUUUGCCAGAAGUUGGAAACAAGCCACAUGGGUACCGGAUCAAAUAUGCAAGAAGUGUGGGGUGCUCUGUCUUAUCCAAUGAAUGCAUCAAGAUCCUCUGAUUUGUGAAGGAUCAGGGAGAUUGUAUCAUCUCAUCAGUUUGCCAGUUGCAAGGGCUGUCUCAGGGUCUCAUCCUUAACCAGCAAUCCCCUUAUGGGUAUGAACAUUACAGAGGAACAGGCAGCCAAAGAUGUCAGUUGCUUUGAUUGAGAUGGAGAAGAAAUCCACAUGUUGAUUGAUAAGGCAUUCUGCUCUUAAUUAAAAUGUGAGUAUUUGAAUGCCAACAGGUGACAGCUAGAAUGAUCUUUGAUGCCUUUAGUAGAGCAUCCAUCGAUGAAAUCAUGUAUACAGUUAUUGGUCACAUCAGUUUUCGGGAGCAGAGCGAUGGAUUAAAGGUGAAACUGUCAAUUAAUUUAUGAUUUUUGAAGUAGAAAGAUACUGAAGCAAAUGCAACUGGAAAACUUCAACUGAGAACAAUGUGAAGAAUCUUACAGAAUAAACAGUUCAGAAACAAACGAUCUCAAAGGGGGUGAAUAAUGUUGUAUGUGGGUCAAAAUUGUAGAAGCAGGCUGAUCGGGGAGCAAAGAACAGUUACGGAUGCAUCCAAUCUGAUAGUAUGUUGAAUUUCUCCCUUCACAAUCUAAAAAAGUAUAGCUGUUAUGUACUCAUCAUUGCUCGAAAUGAGCCCGUAACAUCUUUCUGUCAACUUAUGCAGCUUGCAUGUUAAACUGAAGUAAUGACUCGUAUUUCCUGUUCUACUUUUUGGUGCAUGUUCUAAAGGCAGAACCUCAAAAUGACAACCCCAACACAUGACUACCAUAGGUGCUCCCUGCUCUAGUGAGAAGUCGUUAAUGGGCGAACUUCCCUACUGUGAGUUAACUGUGCAUGGGAGCUCGAUGAUUCAGUCGUUGGCACGACUUGAACUGAGUCACUCGCUGGGAGGGUAGAGUUUCGAACCCGUAACCUUUCUUAGAGAGUCAACCGAGCUUUACCAACAAGCCAUGCGCUUUAUCUAUGAACACAUGCCAAUUUUUGUAUUUAGAACCUAUUAAAUAUCUAUUAUUGCUUAAAUGUUCUUUAUCUAUUUGAGUCGA